AUGGCGGCUUUAUCUCUCUCUCAACUCUUCUCUGUCCUCAAACUCCUAUCUUUCCUCUUCAUCAAAUUCUUUCUAAUCAACACAACACUUGCCAUCCAAUCUUUAAUCGCAGUGGUUGUCAGCUCCGGCCCACGCGUACUCACCGCCGCGCAAUUCCUGUCUUAUAUUGAGGAGAAAAUUCCGGCGAUUCGCUACACGAAAUCGCUAAUCUGGCUGCCAGAGUCACCGGGAUGUGCAGUUUGCUUGUCGGAGUUUGUGGAGGAUGAAAGUGUGAGAAACUUGAAGUGUAAGCAUUUGUUUCAUAAAGAUUGUGUUGACCAGUGGUUUCAACAAUGCCGGUCUACUUGCCCGCUUUGUCGGACUAUGGUGUUGCCGGACAAGGUGGUGGGCAGUUAUCGCCGGCCGAAAGAUGAUGAUGAGACAGAGUUUGAUAGAAGUGAGGGGGAAAUUGUUUUCUUGGUAUCUCCUUUGCAUGGAAAUGGGAUUUUCACUUAUUUUUGGUAA